UGAGGCGGGGAAGGAGGAGGAGGAGUUGCCGCUCGCUCUCUCGCUCGCUCGCUCGAGGACGGACGCCGGUUGAAGAGGGAGGGAAGGGAGAAGCAGGAGAAGGACCCCGAGGAGAAGGAGGAGAAGGAUGAUGAGCGGAGCAGUCUUCGACGAGCCACCACAGAAAAGACAACGAACUGUAGAAGAUUUCAAUCAGUUCUGCACCUUUGUGCUAGCCUAUGCAGGCUACAUCCCAUAUCCAAAUGAGAAUGAGCCAUGGCCCCAUAGAGGUAACAUGAGCCCCCAAAACAGCACAGGCAGCACCCAGGAUGGUGACAGCUGGACCUCCUCCCAGUCCUGUGACUCCCAGGCCCUCUCUGAUGAUGGAGGAAGUAGGAACACCACAUGCAAAGGAUCCGGAGAUCUAUUCCUCAGCUACUCUGGUAUUUCCAGUAGCUUCUGCACAAGCCGACCUCAACAAACAAAGAAAAGGAAGCCAUCCACAAAAAAGCGCAGCUUGAGUCAAGAGGUGGACAAGAGGAUCAUGCAGAUAGAUUUUAAGGACCUGAAACAGGAAAAGACUGAACACACAGAGGAGGAGAUUCAUGGAAAAGUAGGAGAGCUUGAAUCCAGUCUCCCAAGGGAAGCACUCCAGCCUAAAUCUCUCCUGGAGCAAUACAUAAAGGAGAAUAACUGGGCCCCCGAGGUUCAGGCAGCUGAGAAAUCUGAGCAGCAGGACAUAUGCAAGGAAGAAAGAGUCGGUCCGUCCUGUUGGAACAGCAUAGAGCAAGGCAGUGAGGAAGAACUCAGCCAAGAUGGCUCCCACAUUGAUACAUCAUGUGAGGAGUUUACCGGACCUUCAGACACCAAAACAGAUGAGGAUGAUGCCUGGGAUCUCAUCACUUGCUUCUGCUUAAAGCCUUUUGCUGGGAGGCCUAUGAUAGAGUGCAACGAGUGUGCCACUUGGAUCCACCUCUCAUGCGCCAAAAUACGUAAAUCCAACGUGCCUGACAUCUUCAUCUGCCAGCGAUGCCGAGACGCGAAGCAGGAGAUUCGGCGCUCCAACAGAGCCCGCACCAUCCCUCGCAAGCGCUUCUGCGACUGACUUUGGUACGGGGGGUGGGUGGGAUCUCUUUAGACAUGGACUGAAUCCCUGUUGGCAAGACAAUCAAUAUGCAGCCACUUCGCUAAGGGACAGGCAAGGUCCCCCUGCUUCUCCAGGUCAGUAAUACACCUGUACAUGUCUUAUUUGAGACCGUGCGGGGGAGAGGGGCACAUGAUGUCCCCUUCUUGAAAGGCCCGUGAACUGUGCUGUUGGGAUCUCAGGGUGUCCCUAGAGCAACAAAUGCAAAGGCACCUGGCAGACCAAAGUUUUGCACUGGUUUGGUGGAUUCCAGUGCAUGAUGCACUAAGUCGGCCAGCAGCCUUUUUGUCCUUGUGCAGAUGUGAGUUGGUGCCUUUCCUCAGCAAACUAGUAGGAGUUGUCUCACACUGAGUCCUGUGUAUGAGUAGCUGCUCAGACUCUAGUUUUGUGCCCUCAGUUCUUAUUUUUAUCCCAGUGCUGUACUUCUCUUUUGAAAAAGUUGAGCUUUAGGGACCCUUUUACAGAAGUAAAGCACCUGCUAAAGAGGGCAGUUGUUUUCAUGGGGCAAUUGACUUCAAAUUGGUACUGUGGUCAUUGUCCCUUAUUCUUUUGAUGAGCCUGUCUUAUUGGCGACCUAGCUGUUCCAGGCCUUGGUCAGGCUAGUUACUAAUGGGAGAGGAAUGGCAAUACUCAUUUAAUGUAAAUAUUUUGUAUACAGACUCCUUAGAAUAUGUCCCAAGUGUUCCUGUUCCCCACACACCCAGGAAUUGCAGUUGCACUAGUGUCUUAUUUGAAUGGAAUGCAGGAGUUGACGAAAGAGACCAAAGCUGUUUAAUGGUUAGAGGUGCUGGUAACUGCUUCAGAAGUGUUAGGAUCUGAAUAUUUGGAGUCAUAAGAAAACUAGAGGUAUGGCAGUGAGCUGCGCUGAAGAAGCAGAUUGGGUCCUGCUUUUGUUUUCAAGCUGCUUUCUCGUUGCUAAAGAGGUUUGCUAGUCGCCAGAGGUGAUAUUUGGGGAUUGCUAAAGGAAAGCGACCUGUCUACUAUGCAAAAUUAUUUGUUUUUGGGGAUGCCAUGCCAGCAAACUACUGCUUGUUUUGGAGAGAAGACGGGUCUACUUGCACUCCGCACCCAGUCCGCUGAACCUCUUCAAUUUGACCCACGUGCCUUCUUUAUCACACCUCUCUUGCACACACCACCACACCUUUGGCCAUCCUUUUAACCAUACCCCUGUUUUCAUUGUAUGAGGGAUUUGCAGUGGCUUGAGAUCCAUCUCAUCCUAUUAAGGAGGACAGGCUGCUCUCUUGUCAUGCUGUAGGAAGAAUUUGGAAAGCUACACCAUGAUCCAAUCGGAAGCCCCUUUCCCCUUGAAGCGUUUACACUUUUAUAGUUAGUCACUUUCUAUCAUAAAGAUGUAUGUAGUAUAUUCUGGUCUUUGUCCUGUGCUGAGUGUCUGGAGUGAUACGUAUAGAAUAAAAGUACUUUGAAACA